GGCAGACAGAUAAUUGUGCGAGAACGACGAAGACUCGGAUCGCGAUUUUACGACGUAGCCGCGUCGCGACAAUCAUUAUCGAUAAAUGUUUCUUCUCGAGAGACGGAGCGGAGAGCUCGAGGGGAAUCGGUUGCGAAUUAAUUGCCGGCGCGUAUCGUUUCUUCGGUGUAAAAAUUCCGCGGUUUUCACAGCGGGUCCGGCGACUCACGUCUUAACGAGGAUUCUGCGUCACUGGACGACCGUGACGUCUCCGGACGGUCUCGUAACGCCGAUCCUCUUACAAAGAAGAUUUACGUAACGCGAUAUCCUGCGGCCGCGCGUCCGUCUGACAAUCCGCCGUUUGCACCGAACGGCAUAAUUGCAUCUUCGGCACGAACGACUUAAGUGCACUCGCGACGUUCCGCGGCACGAACGUUUGACGCCUGGCUCGACGGAUGAAUCAUUAUUCCGUGAGACACGAAGUGUACGCGGCAGGAAAGGGUGACACCGUUAGAACUCUCCGGUGUAAUUUAUUCAUCCUCGACGUGCAAUUGCUUUUCACAUUGUUUUUAACAAAUGACUUGCAUCGAGUAACAGCGGAGGCAAUCUCCCGUACGUUGCGACAAUCUGCUCCAAUAAUGAAGACAAUGAGCGGCGAAAGGACAUCGCUACAAGUUUUAUAGGGCCCGAAAGGGGCAAGCGGGAUUUUAAUGAAUUUCCACGCGAGACCACCGCCGCCCUUUGUGUUUGCGCCGAGAUUUAGCCAAACGUUGAGGGCGGCGGGAUACGAAAUUGCUUUAGCACUGACGUUGCCGGCUGCAACGGGCCAUAACAGGGUGCAUUUUAGAGCGAGCACUUCUCUCAUCGUAACAGGCGCGAGAUAAUGUCAUUCAUGAGCAUUCAUCGUACCCUCCGCCAUGCACAAUGAGCCAUUAUUACAGAGCAGCUUUGUUCGGUGCGAAAGUGAGUGUACUCUGCUCUCCAGGAAGUAACACUGAGUGUGUAGUGUGCAUGUAUAAUUCGUUUUGACUCAGACACAGGAGUUAUUGUACUUCUUCAAAUGCAAAUAAAAAUAAACCGAUGACAACAGCGAGAUAUCAAAAUAAAAAUUUUAAUUGUAAGAUUCGUAUUUGUUGCCAUAAAUAUGACUUUAUAUUUAAAAAUCGGCUUAUCUAGAUUAGUUACGAACUAUUCGCAAAUCUUGCGAUAUCGAUCUGAGGAAGCAAUUAAAACCAUCGGUUCGAGUCCUUUAAAAGAAAAGAUUUUUUUUUUCUACGCUUUACGAAUUCACGGAGGUCGUUGCAAUUUUCUUUGAUAAUGAUUGUCAUUACUAUAUAUGUAUACAUCCGGCUUGAGCAUUUAUCCCUUCCUUGAAACAUCUUGCACAGAAAGGAUUUUAUGAAAUAUCAGUAUUUCAUAUGUUAUUCACGAACGAACGAUGAAGGCGCAAACGAGGACAAUUUUCGCCGUUUGCUUUGUGAUCGCGACGUUUAAGCAUUUCGGCACGAGUGUCGAGGUUUCGUCAAAGAUCGACUUCGAUUCUGACGAAAAUGAAGAGACAUUGAACAGUACAAGCUUCGAUAUAAACUUGAAUAAAUCUACUAAUCCAUCGGAAUCAGGUUUGCGUGCAUCUAAACUGCCGACAAUGCCUUUGCGUCGUGGAAGCGAGCUCAUAAAAUCAAGCGAGCCAAGAAAGAGAAGAAUUCAUCCUUCACACAAUCAUGAUUUGGCUGGGCAGCCGAAAGUAAUCAAUAACAUUCAAAUCGUGGUAAAUGCCAACGAUAGCAUACCAAGUGAAAAUUCUUGCAAACAUGGCGUGUGUAAUGUGUCUGUUUCGUCGAAACCAGACGGGGAAGGAAAUAUCGUGACGGAGGUGCAUCUCAGCAUCAUCACAAAUACAAAACCGAAUGUCAAGAUCGAUGACGUUCCAGUAAUCGAAAGUUUUCGAGGCAUCAAUGAGAAUCGCGUCGAGCAACCUAUUUUUUAUUCAAUAAACACGCCGAGUGCGGUGUAUGCACACCGUAGCAAUAUUCCACAGAUUCAAACUAAUUAUCAGGGAUAUGGCGAGCCCUGGUAUCAACAUCAACGUACUUUUCAACGUCCGCAUGGAUAUUGGAACUAUCGUCAUUUUGAAGACCGCGACAACGUGGGAUAUCGAGGACAUAAAACAUGGCCGCGAGAUAAACCUGUAAUAGAUGAUAAGAUCGAACCGCCACUUAGCAAAACCAAACCGAGUGUUAACGUAAAGUCAUGAAAUGCGUUAAUAAAUUGCAAAACUUUGAUAAUUAAAAUAUUAAUAUAUGAAAUAAAAUAUUAGAUUAUAUAUUGUCACACGAUAAAAUAAAUAAAAUCAUUAUAAAAGCAUCAUGAAUUUAAUUUAUGCAUACAUAGUAAGUAUAACAAUAUCUCAAAUAUUAAGCUAGUAAACAUAAUAAUUAAAUGCAGAAUAAUUGUCACAUAAUAUUUGAUCGCUCGAUAUUGCUGAAGAGAAACAUAUUGACGUAAGAAAGUUAUUAAGAUUCUUAAAUAUUUCACCUGUGAAUUCUUGCUCGCGAGUCAAAAUCGAGCUAUCAAUAUAAUUAACAAUUGGAGAAAAAUUUAGAAAAAUUAUUCAGAUAAGAGGAAAGACAGUAAUACCAAACUUUUUCUAGAAAGAAUCUAUUAGUUCUAAGAAACUUGAGUAUUUAUUGGUAAUCUUGAGGAAACAUUUGAGCCCUGAGUCUCGAAAUUUUGCGACAUCAGCAGCUCUGAAUUGUAAAAAUUCAUCGUCAUUACAAUAAUGUUAUAUAGCACAUGGUAAAUAAUAGUAAA